AAAAUCAAACCGAAGAAUAUUUUACGAAAAAGUACUCCUAUUAUUGUUAUAAGAUGUCUUCAAGAACGUUUGCGGGUGUAGCAAGAUUGUUCAACCUGAAGGUCCAGGUAGACAAUACAAUUGGCCGUGCCAGCGUCAUAUUUCCAGGUCUCUCCAUGGGAGACUUUGAUGCACUUGGUAAUCCUAGUCUAUGGCGAGUCCAGAAUCUGCUGACGAUGGCAAGAAUCGUGGCAUACCACGACGGCAAAUGUGGAAGUGAUGGCAACACAUUCCUGGAGUAUGACAAAAUGACAUCAGACAGGAUGACAUUCAUGGCUUCAUCGGAAAUUGAGCUCUCUGAGAAAUUCUAUGAAAUCAGAAACCAGGAACAAUUUCCAAUUAAGAUUGCAGUUCACUUAGGGUACAUUGGUAAAUCUUCAGUAUUAAGUGUCGCGGAGAUGACCAAUGGAAUUACAGGAGAAUUCUUGGGAAAAGGCGGAAACCAAGUUGUCAGCGUUAGCAGAGAGACAAGAAAACCAACAGCGCUACCUGAUUGGUGGAGAGACAAAUAUAAGCAUCUAGUCGUAGAAAAUAAAGCAUUGAUUGUCCAAAGAUUAGAAAAACCCGAUAAGGUUCACAAAUAUGAUACCAAAGUCAGCUGGAGUGAUACGGAUCGUUAUCGUCACACAAACCAAGCCACAUACACCCGGUUUUGUAUAGAUGCCGCCACUGAUGCUUCCAUAAAAGGAUAUUUCUCCAAACUAACAGGAGAUAUACGUCAAUAUCAUGUGAAGACAUAUGAUGUGCUGUACAUUGGAGAAAGUCUAGCUGGUGACCACAUCACCGUGGAGACAUGGGAAAAUGAUGAGAAUCCAUCUCUCAUACAUUUCCAGAUUAGUAAAGAUGAGAAAGCUUUAUUUCAAAGUUCGAUAGAGUUCCAUUCUACAGAACCAGGGACAGGUGACUUUAUGAAACCUUCAUAA